UCAUUACUCACUGAUUAUUAGACCUCUCUUUGAGUCAGCUGCCAGGACAACACAAAAGCUAACAGGCUUCAACCAACCUGUUAAAAGAGUAGUUAUUUACACACCAGGCCGUCGGAGUGCAAAAACAGAACAAAGGAGAAAGGAAGUGAAAUGAGGACGGAGGGAGUAUGGGAUGGAGAUGGUACAAAUACAGGAUGAAAGAAAGCAAAAACAAAGAGCCAAACCAAACACCAAGUGAACAGUAAUCAAGACAAAACACCAAAUACCUGAAAUACAAAAAGGAGCUUGUUGCAUCAAAAUCUGUGUGAACAUCAUGGCCAAUCCAGUGAAAUCAUCAGAAUACUUCUUGAGGUUUGCGGCCAUUGUCCUCAUGCUUAUGUUUGUGGUAAACUCACAGAAACUUCCUGAAAUUUCAGACUUGGUUCUAGAGAUUAGUUAUACAGAUGGACAACUCAGUCACAUAAGAGGAAAACGAGAUGCCAACACAAGUAUAAUAGAAUACAUCAUAGUGGUUGAGGUGACUGUAUCAGAAUUGAUUUUGAUCGACCAAAUCAAAUCAUCAUUGAACUCCAUCAGCUUUCCAUUACAACUAGACAACACCACAAAAAUGGAUGAUUUCUCCAUUACAACAGUGUGCACACCAGUUGAAACUGAAUAUUACUGCACAUGUGAGGAUCAGUAUUUUUGGCCAUAUGAUAACUGUGCAUAUCAUGGCUGUUAUACCUUAAGCGAAGGAGCAUGCAACUGUAUUGGGGGCUUAUCCAAUGGUGAACAGAUGUGUGUGCCAGAAAGUGAACUGCAAAUGUUUGACUUUAUCCUUGAUAUUGAAAUUAAUGCCACAAGCACAGAAGUGACAAGUGAACUAAAGGAUCUUCUAGAAGGAUUCAGUUUCCCACAUUUUUUUGAAGUUUCGAAGGUGAACAUUACAACUGUGUGCAGUUUGAAUGGUGCUGAAUAUCAGUGCAUCUGUGAGGAUCAGUUUUUCUGGCCAUGUGAAAAGUGCACACUAUAUGGAUCUUGUGAUAAUGUCACCAAUGGCUUGUGUAGUUGCAUCGACGCUAUUCCAAAUGAUGGACAGUUCUGUCAACUAAUCAAUGAACUGACAUAUACCUUGGCAUGUCCAUCUUCAACAAGCACAACAGUCACUACAGCACCAUCCACAUCUACAGAUGCCAUACCCACACAUGGCACAACCAUCACAAUCACACCAACUACAGCCAUUCAAACCGCAACUACUACAAUUACAGCCACCUCAACCACAGAUACAACAACUACAGCCAGCACACCCACAAUAUUCAUAACUGAUACAAUCAUAUAUGAAACAAGCACACCCAUUCAAACUCAACCUAUUACAAAUACAUCCACCACUUCAAGUACAAUUAACACACAAACUACUACACCCACAGACACCAAAAGCACCACAAUGAUAACUGCUACAACACCAGACACUACACCCUCAGCUAUGCCAACUACAAUCUCAACAAUCACAAUUGAUACCACCACAGCUUUUAAAAUCACAACCCUCCCAAUUCCAACCAACACCACAGACACCACACAAACCAUCACUGCCGCAACUAUAGACAGCACCACAGCCAAAACAAACAAACCCACCACAGUGACAACUGCUAUUACAUCAGAUGCCACAGACACUACAAUCAUAACUGAUACAUCAACAAACACUAUACUCACAACUGCCCCAACUACAGCCUCAACUAUUGCAUCUGAAACAACCACAGAUGUUACAUCAACAGACAUUAUAAGCACAGCUGCCCCAACUGCAGCCACAACAAUCACAACUGAUAUAACCACAGACAUCACAACCACAACAAACCCAUUAACCAUGACCACAGACACUGCAACUACAGACACUAUGCCCACAACUGCCCGAGCCUCAACAAUCACAACCGUUACAACCACAGAUGCCAGAACCACAGCUUUCCAAACCACAACCAUUGAAGUCCCAGAAAACACCACAGAGACUGCAACUACAGACACUCCACAAACCAUCACCACCACAAAAUAUAACACUACUGCAAACAUAGACAAAACAGACAAAGCCACCACAGUCGAAACUGCAACAUCCACAGACACAACUGCUACAAACGGAGAAAUCACAAGCACAUAUGCAACAUCUGCAAACACUAUAUCUACAGCUGCCCCAACUACAGCCACAACAAUCACAACUGAUACAAUCACAGAGGACACAACCACAGCUCUACAAACCACAACCCGAGCAAAUCCUGUAGCCAGCACUACAGACACUGCAACAACAGACACCACACAAACCAUCACUACAACAACCAUAGAUAGCUCUACUGCAACCAUAGGGAAAACAAAUGACAUCACAGAAACAACAUCAGUUACAACAUCAGAUGCUACAAACACAGAAACCACAAUAACUGAUACAUCAACAGACACUUUAUUCACAACUACCCCAAUUACAGCCUCAACAAUAGCAGCUGAUAGAACCAUAGCUCUUCAAUUGACAAUCCAAACAAACCCUGUAGCGAACACCACAGAGACUGCGAUUACAGACACCACAAAAACCAUCACCGCCACAACUAUAGAUAGCACUACUGCAAACAUAGGGAAGACAAACAGCGUCACCACAGUCGUGACUGUUACAUCAGAAUCCACAAACACAGAAACCACAAACACAUCUGCAACAUUCACAGACACUACAUCUACAACUGCCCCAACUACAGCCUCAACAAUCACAACUGAUACAGUCACAGAGGACACAACCACAGCUCUACAAACCACAACCAAAGCAAACCCUGUAGCCAGCACUACAGACAUUGCAACAACAGACACCACACAAACCAUCACUGCAACAACCAUAGAUAGUACUACUGCAACCACAGGGAAAACAAACAUCGUCACCAAGGUCACGACUGUUACAUCAGAUUCCACAAACACAGAAACCACAAGAGUGACUGAUACAUCAACAAACACUAUAUCCACAGCUUCCCCAAUUACAGACUCAACAAACACAGCUGAUACAAGCACAGUUCUUCAAUCCACAACCCGAGCAAACCCUCUAGCCAACAUCACACACACUGAAAUUACAGAAACCACAAAAACCAUCACCGACACAACUAUAGAUGGCACUACUGCAACCACAGAGAGGACAAACAAAGUGACAACAGUCACAACUGCUACAAACAGAGAAACAACAAACCCAUAUGCAACAUCCACAGACACUAUAUCCACAACUGCCCCAACUACAUCCAUAACAAUCACAACUGAUACAAUCCCAGAAGACAGAACCACAGCUCUACAAACCACAAACCUAGCAAACCCUGUAGCCAGCACUAUAGACAUUGCAACAACAGACACCACACAAAGCUUCACUGCAAUGACCAUAGAUAGCACUACUUCAACCAUAUUGAAAACAAACAACAUCAUCACAGUAACAGCUGUUACAACAUCAGAUGCCACAAACACAGAAACCACAAACACAUCUGCAACAUCCACAGACACAAUAUCCACAACUGCCCUAACUACAGCCACAACAAUCACAACUGAUACAAUCCCAGAGAACACAACUACAGCUCUACAAACCACAACCCUAACAAACCUCGUAGCCAUUACUACAGACAUUGCAACAACAGACACCACACAAACCAUCACUGCAACAACUGUAGAUAGCACUACUGCAACCAUAGCAAAGACAAAUGUAGCCACCACAUUAACAACUGCUACAACAUCAGAUACCACAAACACAGAAACCGCAAUCAUAACUGAUACAUCCACAGACAGUAUACCCACAGCUGCUCCAACUACAGCCUCAACAAUCACAACUGAUACAAUCCCAGAGGACACAACCACAGCUCUACAAACCACAACCCUAACAAACCCCAUAGCCAGUACCACAGACACUGCAGCAACAGGCACCACACAAACCAUCACUGCAACAACUGUAGAUAGCACUACUGCAACCAUAGCAAAGACAAAUGUAGCCACUACAUUCACAACUGCUACAACAUCAGAAACCACAAACACAGAAACCACAAUCAUAACUGAUACAUCCACAGACAUUAUACCCACAGCUGUCCCAACUACAGCCUCAACAAUCACAACUGAUACAAUCCCAGAGAACACAACUACAGGUCUACAAACCACAACCCUAACAAACCCCAUAGCCAGUACCACAGACACUGCAGCAACAGGCACCACACAAACCAUCACUGCAACAACUGUAGAUAGUACUACUGCAACCAUAGGGAAGACAAAUAUAGCCACCACAUUCACAACUGCUACAACAUCAGAAACCACAAACACAGAAACCGCAAUCAUAACUGAUACAUCCACAGACAGUAUACCCACAGCUGUCCCAACUACAGCCUCAACAAUCACAACUGAUACAAUCCCAGAGAACACAACUACAGGUCUACAAACCACAACCCUAACAAACCCCAUAGCCAGUACCACAGACACUGCAGCAACAGGCACCACACAAACCAUCACUGCAACAACUGUAGAUAGCACUACUGCAACCAUAGCAAAGACAAAUGUAGCCACUACAUUCACAACUGCUACAACAUCAGAAACCACAAACACAGAAACCACAGUCAUAACUGAUACAUCCACAGACAUUAUACCCACAGCUGUCCCAACUACAGCCUCAACAAUCACAACUGAUACAAUCCCAGAGAACACAACUACAGGUCUACAAACCACAACCCUAACAAACCCCAUAGCCAGUACCACAGACACUGCAGCAACAGGCACCACACAAACCAUCACUGCAACAACUGUAGAUAGUACUACUGCAACCAUAGGGAAGACAAAUAUAGCCACCACAUUCACAACUGCUACAACAUCAGAAACCACAAACACAGAAACCGCAAUCAUAACUGAUACAUCCACAGACAGUAUACCCACAGCUGUCCCAACUACAGCCUCAACAAUCACAACUGAUACAAUCCCAGAGAACACAACUACAGGUCUACAAACCACAACCCUAACAAACCCCAUAGCCAGUACCACAGACACUGCAGCAACAGGCACCACACAAACCAUCACUGCAACAACUGUAGAUAGUACUACUGCAACCAUAGGGAAGACAAAUAUAGCCACCACAUUAACAACUGCUACAACAUCAGAUACCACAAACACAGAAACCGCAAUCAUAACUGAUACAUCCACAGACAGUAUACCCACAGCUGCUCCAACUACAGCCUCAACAAUCACAACUGAUACAAUCCCAGAGGACACAACCACAGCUCUACAAACCACAACCCUAACAAACCCCAUAGCCAGUACCACAGACACUGCAGCAACAGGCACCACACAAACCAUCACUGCAACAACUGUAGAUAGCACUACUGCAACCAUAGCAAAGACAAAUGUAGCCACUACAUUCACAACUGCUACAACAUCAGAAACCACAAACACAGAAACCACAGUCAUAACUGAUACAUCCACAGACAUUAUACCCACAGCUGUCCCAACUACAGCCUCAACAAUCACAACUGAUACAAUCCCAGAGAACACAACUACAGGUCUACAAACCACAACCCUAACAAACCCCAUAGCCAGUACCACAGACACUGCAGCAACAGGCACCACACAAACCAUCACUGCAACAACUGUAGAUAGUACUACUGCAACCAUAGGGAAGACAAAUAUAGCCACCACAUUAACAACUGCUACAACAUCAGAUACCACAAACACAGAAACCGCAAUCAUAACUGAUACAUCCACAGACAGUAUACCCACAGCUGCUCCAACUACUGCCUCAACAAUCACAACUGAUACAAUCCCAGAGGACACAACCACAGCUCUACAAACCACAACCCUAACAAACCCCAUAGCCAGUACCACAGACACUGCAGCAACAGGCACCACACAAACCAUCACUGCAACAACUGUAGAUAGCACUACUGCAACCAUAGGGAAGGCAAAUAUAGCCACCACAUUCACAACUGCUACAUCAGAUACCACAAACACAGAAACCACAAUCAUAACUGAUACAUCCACAGACAGAAUACCCACAGCUGCCCGAACUACUGCCUCAACAAUUGCAGAUGAUACAACCACAGAUGUCACAACCACAGCUUUCCAAAUCAGAACCAUCAAAAUACCAGUAAACAGCACCACAGAGACUUCAACUACAGACACUCCACAAACCAUCACCACCACAACUAUAGAUAACACUACUGCAAACAUACUCAAAACAAAUAAAGCCACCAUUGUCACAACAAUCACAACUGAUAUAAUAACAGAGAUCACAACCACAGGUUUUCAAUCCACAACCAGAGCAAUCCCUGUGGUAAACACCACAGAGACUGCAAUUACAGACAACAUACAAACCAUCAACACCACAACUAUAGAUAACACUACUGAUACCAUAUCCAAAACAAGCAAAGCCAUUACAGUCACAACUGCUGCUACCACAGAUGCAACAAACACAGACACCACAAUCAUAACUGCUACAUCCAUAGACACUAUACCCCUGGCUACCCCAACUACAUCCUCAACAAUCACAACUGAUACAACCACAGAUGUCACAGACACCACAAACACAAGUCUUAAAAUCACAUCAAUUGCAGCCACAGCCUCUACAACCACAGAUACUACAACUACUUACAUGACCACAGAUAACACAGCCGACCAAAUCACAACUGUUGCAACCACAGCGGCCAAAACCACACGGACCACAAUCAAAACUGAUUCAACCACAGAAGCCAUACCCACACCUAUACUAAUAUACACUAUACUACCUACUACUAACACAGAUACUACAAGCACAAGUCUUCAAACCACAGCAACUGCAACCACAAUCUCUACAACCACAAACAUCACAGAUUCAAACUCUAUACCAACUACUUUUUUAACUACAGUCACAACAAUCACAACUGAUACAAACACUACAAACGCUCUCCAAACCACAGUCAUCCCAAUCCCACUCACCAACACCAUUGAUGCAGCAACUACAGACCCCACAACAACCACUGUCACCCCAAACACACCAGUAAAAAUGACUGCAUCAACAGCCACUGCAAACACAACCACGCUCACAACUGCCCCAAAACAAGACACCCGUGUCAUUGGGUUCUCAAUGACAAUAAACAGAGAAUUUGACACUGCACUCACUGAUAAAACAAGUGAAACCUUCAAAAAAGUUAAAGCAACAAUUGAGAGUUCAAUUGAUGAAAGUUACAGAAGCUUACCUGCCUAUCAGGCCAAAUCAGCCAGUGUGAAUGCUUUCAGGGCUGGCAGUGUGAUUGCAGACUUCAACAUUAAUGCAACUAGCGACAACCUUAAUUUGUCAUCGGCAAACCAACAACUUGCUAGCAAUCUCCGUUCACUGGGAUUCAACAUAAGCAAUGAUGCAUUCAGUCACAGUGUGGCAGAUGGUCUAUAUAAAAAUAAAGACCAAAUAUAUCCUGGGCAGGAUAUUAUACUGACCUGUAACACAUCAGCAAAGAACACCAUUAAGUGGACGAAGAAUAGAAUUGAAAUAAAUAUGUCUGAUAGAUAUAUAAUUAAUCAAAAUGUGCUCACUGUGAAAAAUACCACUCCCGAGGACAGUGGUCAGUAUGAAUGUAGCACAAUAGAGAACUCAAUACCCUAUGUGAUCUGGCAAAGGAUUAUGAUUCCAGAGCCCAAUAUCCAAGUGAGCAAUGACAAAUUUGUAAAAUGUGAGAAUUCAACAAUUAUGCUACAGUGUUGUGUUCAGGAGAGCUAUGAAGUGAAAUGGAGCAUUGACCCUGCAGCCUGCAUUCAACCUUCAACAGCUCCCCCAAAAGGCUGCAUAGUAUGUGGCUAUAAAAUGAACACACAGGAAUGUGAGACUAAGGAGAAGAUAUCAGUCACGUGUCAACUUAUUAAAAAUGAUUACAAGGCACAGAAAAUCACAAUAAAUACAGUCAAUGGAUCAUUUACCUGCUCUGAUGAUAUAUUUGGACUUGGGAAUGUGAAUGACGUACAUGUUGGGGACUGUAAUGAAGGCAUGGUUGGCCAUCGAACAGCUAAGUGUGACUCAACUGGACAGUGGCAAACUAUAGAUACCAACUGUGUCCUGCGAGUCAUUCAAACUCUAAAAGACAAAGCUGAGAUCUUAACACCCAUUGAGCUCCCACAAUUUAUGGAUACUCUCAGUACUGCAACUGAAACAAAUGCUCCAAAUAUAACAACAUCUUCAUCGGCCAUAUUAACAAUUGCUGCCAUUCUGAAAACCAUUGCCAAUAUCUCCCAAACAAUUUUAGUCGAUGAACCCAUUAUGACCGGUUUCCUACAAACAGUGGAAGUCAUUGGGUCAGUAGAUGCACGGAAAGCAUGGAUGGAUUUAAAUCAAAACAGUACAACCAGAAAUGCCAGUUCUGAACUUCUGGAGUCCAUUGAAAGUAUUGCACGCAGACUCUCAGAUAAACACGUUGAGAUAAUGACCACCUCUACUCAUCUCCAAAAAAAUAACAUCACUGUCCCAUUUUAUGGAGUAUUUGGUAAUAAAUCAUCGACCCAUAUAGGCAUUCAAACGAUGAGUAAACAGACUUUCAUAACCAUCCUAGUGUUUUCAGCACUUGACAAUGUCUUACCUGUUCGAAUGGCCUACAAUAACAGUCCAACUAACACCAGCAUCAAUGGAGAUGUAGCCAUGAUUGAACCAAAGUCAAUAAUUAACAACAUCUCCUUUUCUUUCGCCAUCAAAAAUAAGACACUGGGAAAUCCUCAGUGUGUCUUUUGGAACUUUAGUCUUCUGAAUGGUACUGGUGGAUGGGACUCAACUGGAUGUCAGUUGAAGUCAUUAGUGAAUGAAACUGAAAAAUAUACAUGUGAGUGCAAUCACACAACCUCUUUUUCAAUCCUGAUGUCACCAUACACCAUGGAUGAAAUCCAAGCCAUUAUCUUAGACUAUAUAACCUACAUUGGUGUUGGCAUUUCAAUGGGCAGCUUGAUUUUGUGCCUCAUCAUUGAAAUCAUUAUAUGGAAAGCUGUGACAAGAAAUGACACAUCCUACAUACGCCAUGUCUCCAUAGUCAACAUCGCUGUCUCUCUUCUGAUUGCAAAUAUAUGCUUCAUCAUUGGAGCAGCUGUUGUUAAACAAGAGAGUCCCUGCAGUACAGCAACCUUCUUCAUGCACUUCUUUUAUCUUGCCCUUUUCUUCUGGAUGUUGCUGUCAGCACUCUUGCUCCUCUACCGUACCCUCAUGGUCUUUUCCAGAAUGACCAGAGGAACAAUGAUGGGCAUAGGCUUCACUGUCGGCUAUGGAGCCCCGUUAAUCAUUGCUGUCAUUACUGUGGCAUCUACAGCUGGAAACAAAGGAUACAUUCAACAAGAUUACAAUUGUUGGCUGAACUGGAAAGAAACGAAGGCCCUCCUGGCAUUUGUGAUUACUGCUCUGACGAUUGUAGCUAUAAACUUCAUGGUGCUUAUUGUGGUUCUGUGUAAGAUGUUGAGAAGAGGAGUUAAUGCUUCUGUUCAGCCAGAUGAGAAACAUCCCCUCUUGGUCAUUGCUAGAUGUGUGGCGAUUUUAACACCUCUCUUUGGUCUAACGUGGGGAUUCGGCAUUGGGACCAUGUUGUCGGACAAGUUUGGCAUUCACGUUGUGUUCGCUUUCUUUAAUUCACUGCAGGGUUUCUUUAUUUUGCUGUUUGGCACAUUACUGGAUAGUAAGGUCCGAGAAGCCCUGGCAGGAAGGUUGGCUCUGAGUAACUUAAGCUCUAACCCCACAAGGAGCACAAGUGCAGGAUCAGCACUCUCACACAGACUUCCAUUCAUUCAGAGGUUAUGGCGGAGAGAUGUGUACCGUGUAUCCGAAGGUGGCAUUUCACCUCCGUCUUCAAGCAACUCCUAUAGAGCUGUUUAGCUUCGUUAUCUAAUGUGGCCCAAAGUUUCAUCUGUAUAUUUAAGAGCUUAUUUUCUUGGUGACCUCAAUGCUCAUGAAAUUAAUUUAACUAGACUUUGUUGGUUAUUCAAGACAAUACGAUAUGACACGGUAUUUAUUUUGUUUUAGAAGAACAAGCAUUAAACCUGUCCUUACUUAUCAUGUGAUAUUACACAUUUACAAUAAAUAAUUCUUAUUAACUAUCUAGCGAUGCAUUUCUAAGCCAUGGUUUUCAAUGUGUGAUCUUGAAUUUUGAAUCUUGUGUGUUUGUUAUUAUUUUCUGUUUGCUUUUCAGGUUAUGAAUCCUGGUAAAUUAGCUAGUAAAUUUGUAUUGUUGCAUCUGUGAAUGUUUUCUAAGUUGUUCCACAUGUUUGUAUCUACUUAGGGACUUGAAGAAAAUGACAGACAGCACCUUAUCACGUUUUCACAUAUCCAGUGUUUUCUGAAUUCUCUAAAACAAAUAAAAAGUUUAGUAUAAAAAUUUCCACACAACGCCAUCACAUUUGCUUUGACCGUCACUGGUCGUUAAUGUUAGGACUUGUGGCUACGGUUAUCACACCAUUUGCAUUUCUCAAAUUUCAGGUCAAAUUUCUUACAGGUUCAGAUCCUACAAACGGAUCUGUUACAAAUACGAAGCUCAAAAAACUCUCACGACUCAGGUCUUUCCAUCCAACAUCCAGUAGCCUUGAACCGAUUCAGUGAAAUGAAAUGAAUGUCUUUUUAAAUAUGGAGGCACAUUUAAGUAAAACGUGAAUUAUUCCGUUUUCCAGUCUGCAGUAGAAAACACCAACAUGGAAGGACUGAAAAUAAGUGAUGACAUUUUACAGCUAGCUUGAUUAAACAAGCCAUUUAGUUGUCAAGUGUCAUAAUCAUCACUACUUUUAGCUCAGUCAUUGUUUGCAUGUUCCCUUCAGAACAAAUAUCUCUAAAGGUUUUUCUUUUAAGUGAAUGGGCACAAAACCCCAGAGUCACGCUUGCAAAAUCUAGCAGGAAGCCUUCCCAGAAGAGAUUAUAAUUAUAAAAGGAGAGAUCACACACACAAGCGUGAUGAUCAGGUGUCUACAGACUUGUGGCCAAACACUUGGCAGGAUUCUACAGGAUUCUGAAGGAAUUUGGCAGGAGUUGACAGAUUUGUAUCAUCCAGGGCCACUCCUUCCUGGAUCCUUAACCCUGGAGGAUACAAAUUUCCCUCAGACUGAAGAAGCUGCUUGGAAGUCCAGUUGGCAUGAUUCAACUUCCAGAUAACCGCACCUGGAUGACCGAGAAUCUUCAGACACAUUUUGACCAUAAAGUGCAUUAAACCUGUGAUGUACUUAGUGUGAUAAAAAGUUUUUCUUUUUUCCUUAGAUUUAACACCGGCACAUGUCUAGUUACGUGGAUCCGUUCUGAUUGGACUGAUAUCACGCAAGUU